GACUGAACUGAACUGAACGGAACCCACAGAGACAUCAAGAAAGGGAAAUGAUCUGGGACCACUUCCAACUCCCUUGACCUGGUCUUUCUUCCCUUCAUCUCCUGCUGCUCUGUCUCCUACACCAUUCAUUUUGUCCUUACUGCUUUCUUUUGCUUACUCAUUCAUUCUUCUGUCCUUUCUUCACUUAACACUUAGUCAGCAUGCAGCUCAUCCUAGACUGCAAAGCUCUUUGUGGGUGGGUGCUCAUCGCACUCCUGUCUACACUGAGUAACAAGGAAAGUGAUGCUCUAUUUCCAUCCCUCAUCAGUGAGUUAAGAGUCUGUGGUGAGGCUGAGGACCUCUUCAGCUGCCACUACCAUGGACUGGCUUAACUCUGUCUUUCUCACCCAGGUCUGGGGUGUUGGAGGGAGCAAGGGAAUGGGAAGAGGACAAGCAUGGGGACAAGUUCUUCUUAGGGACCCAGACACCCAUCCCUGAAGACUCCAGUUCUUGCCCUUGGUCUCAGGGGUGUGGAUACACCUUUCCCCUUAGCACCCACCUCUGGGGUACAGAAGAUUGCAGACCCCACUGGCAAUCUGGAGCAAUCUGUGUGUUCUCACUGUAGCUGCCCGACUUACAGCAAGCCAGCUUCCCUCCCAGGGCCUCAGUCAGUUUUCCUUCCCACUGAGUCAGAAGAUCUCUCAGUCCCCCUCCAGCUCUACCCUGAAAGCCUGUCUCUUCACCUCUGACUCCUUCCCCAGUUCAGAGAACCCAGGCAUCCAGCUGCCUCAGCCCAGCUCUGGGUAAACAGGAAGCAGGGUGAGGGGUGUGCGGAAAGUCCCAGCCAGGUGUAUGGGUCUUUGGGGAGAGGGUGGCCCCACCCCUGAGGUAUGAAAGCCCCCCUGCCCGGGCCCUAGCUCAGUCUCCAUGGGGGAACGGGGGCUGGAGGGCCGGGGUAGGAGGCCCCAGAGGAAAGGAUGCCUGCUGCUGGCUGUGGCAGGAGUCACUUCCCUGGUGACCCUCCUGCUGGCCGUGCCCAUCACUGUUGUGGCUGUGCUGGCCUUGGUGCCCCAGGAGCAGGGAGGAUUGGUAACAGGGACUGCUGACCCAGGCGCCCAGGCACCUGCCCAUCAGCGAUUUGAGUCCGGAGAGCUGCCCGAGGAGGACUCAGAAACUGAUCUCAGCCCUAGGCUCCCAGCUGCCCAUCUCAUUGGCGCUUGGACCACGGGGCAGGGGCUAGGCUGGGAGGCGAAGAAAGAAGAGGCGUUUCUGAGCAGCGGGACGCUGUUCUCGGGUGCGGAAGGGCUGGCCCUCCCGCAGGACGGCCUCUAUUACCUCUACUGUCACGUCGGCUACCGGGGCCGGGCGCCCCCUCCCGCCGUGGAGCCCCCGGACCGCUCGGUCACGCUGCUCAGCCGGCUGUACCGGGCGGGGGGCGCCUAUGGAUCGGGGACCCCCGAGCUGCUGCUGGAGGGCGCGGAGACCGUGACACCUGUCUCGGACCCCGCCAGGAGGCACGACUAUGGGCCCCUCUGGUACACGAGCGUGGGGUUCGGUGGCCUGGUGCAGCUCCGGAGGGGCGAGAGGGUGUACGUCAAUAUCAGUCACCCCGACAUGGUGGACUACAGGAGGGGAAAGACCUUCUUCGGGGCGGUGAUGGUGGGGUGAGGGCUAGCUGCAUCCCUAAGAACAGCUACUGCCUGAUGAGAGUAUGUGAAUGACGCAGCCCAGUUACUGGGGACCCAGACACCGGGGACCCCAUGGCUGUGGGGAAAAUGUAGAUGACUGUUUGGAAACUGAUUUUUGAGCCAGAUGAAAAUAAAGAAUGUAAACUUCAAUGUUGCCAAUACAAACGCA